AUUUACGUAAAGUUCAUCCAUGAUACGAACAUAUUUACGUAGCUUUCAUCCAUGAGACGAAGGCUACGAUUAAAUACUUGCUAACGUUUCGUAUAAAUAGCCAGACCUUGUGCUCGCUCAAUACUAUUUCACAGACACAGAGAUCGUGUGUCUACCUUUUUAAUUGGUAUAUAUCUCAAGAUAGAAUGGUUGCAGUACUUGACGGCAAAUCCGAAGUCAUUGACGCUGUCAAUAUGAAAUCUGAUACUAAGACAGCAAAGAAAGCUGCUGCGGAUGCCAAACCCAAGAAGCCUAUCUUAGCUCGUAAGCUAGUACCAACACUUACGAAGGAGUUCUGUGGCGGCGUUAAGCUACGCGAAUACCCAGAUGCUUCGGGCACAAAUAACUGCGUAAUGGUGACUGGUUUCGCCCACGGCACCUCCCUGACGCCAUUUAUCGCCGCCAACUUCCUGGUCGACCAGCUUAAGCUACCGCUGGUAGCCACUCUCUCGGCACCAGAACUACCCGCACGCGCUAUUGUCGAACGGGGUCAACCAGCACCUGGGAUCCGCAUUCACGGUAAUGCUAAUGGAGUGUGUGUGGCGCUGUGUGAGUUCAAGAUCCCCUCGAACCCUAUCAUCAACGGUGUUAUCGAGGCGGUUGUGGACUUCAGUGCCAGACACAACAUCAAGUGUAUUCUAUCGGCCGAGGGUGUGCCCCGGGCACCGGUUGCUGAGGUUAGUUCGGAAAGUGCAAGAGAUAAGACCGAAGAGGAAGCCAUCCAGGAGAAGGAGGCCAGAGAGGAUGCGGAAAAGGUGCUGUUCUUGACCACGUGCGAAGACAUCGCUGACACGCUACUGCUCGCCAACGAUAAGCCAACACCCAUCACAGCACCUGAGAGCCAGGACAAAAAGUCGGAGUCUGAACCUCUGCUCGGGAAGGAAAGCAACGAACAGACUACAGCAAGUGUAGGCGUCGAUAAGAUCGUUUACAAGCCGCUGGACGAUGCGGUGAUCAACGGUAUCACGGGGGGACUGAUUGCCGAGGCGAGCCUGACUGGGCUUGAGGUGUGCUGUAUCUUGGUACCGGCAUCUGCUGUCAUGCCGUUGGAUGUCAGUGCGGCGGCUAAGGUGGUUGAAACAGUGCGCACACUCGUGCCUGGAUUGGAGCUCGACAUGACGCCACUGCAAAGUAAGGCUAAGCAGUUGAAGCUUACAGAGAGAGACAUUGAGGCUAUGAAGGAGGAGGCCGAAGCCCAGCCGGCUGGCUAUGGCAAUAUGUACAUGUAGAUUGCUGGCCAUAAGGUCUGGAGGUGCACACGAGUAGAUGUAGAUAUGUGUUUGUAGUGUUGGCUACUUGCCAUGCGCCGCAGUGCGGAAAACAUUCUAUUGAAAUAAAUUGAUACUGCAUUCAUAUGGUGACUGUUCUCAUGCGCAGGUGCUCAU